AACAUGUUGCAAGAGAUAUUUUGUAUUGGUCAUUAAUAAAGAAAAAUGAUGACAAAAUACUUAGAGUCAAAACCCAAAAGCAUUAUUCCAUUGAUUUGGCACAAUUGGUUGAGGAGUGAAGGAAAGGGAAAGAAGGCAAUUCGUUUGUGAUAAAAUUGGAGUUUGGAGAGUGAAAAAGUAGCAAAGACUAUGAUGAUGAUGUUAUAGGUAGUGCCAACAUUGGGAUUGGAUAGAUUAGCUUCUAAGACAAGGAAAAUCAAUAAAAUGGACUAGGAAAGUGCUUAGUUAAGCUUUUUCUCUCUUUUUCCUUUCACAAGCUAGCUGCUAUUUUUUUUGACUGCCUCCUCUUCCUCUUCCUCAAGCUGCAACAUUUCUCUUUGCUGCUUCUUAAUGUUGCCACAUUUUCCAUGCAAUGCUUAUCCUUGUGUUACCUGAAGCAAAUAUCUUUGUCUCAUCAUAUUAAGGUUUGUGCAAAAGUCAGAAACAGUUGAGUUGAGGACCUCAGAAAACUCUUCUUAACAUGACAACCCUUCGUGUGCUGCUUUUUCUGGGAUUCUUGUGGGCUGAAAUUCAUGUCAUUUCUUCAUACACUGAAACUGCAGACGUUGUUGCACUUAGAUCACUAAAAGAUGUAUGGCAAAAUACACCGCCCAGUUGGGACAAAUCAGAUGACCCAUGUGGAGCACCAUGGGAAGGAGUGACCUGCAACAAAUCAAGGGUUACUUCAUUAGGACUGUCAACAAUGGGCCUGAAGGGGAAAUUAAGUGGAGAUAUUGGUCAACUUACAGAACUGAGAUCCUUGGAUUUGUCCUUUAAUAGAGAUUUAACAGGUCCUCUCUCUCCAGAGUUAGGAGAACUAAGCAAGCUAAAUAUCCUGAUUUUGGCUGGUUGCGGCUUCAGUGGCAAUAUUCCAGAUGAAUUAGGAAAUCUUUCAGAGUUAUCUUUCCUGGCUUUAAACUCAAACAACUUCACUGGAAAAAUACCUCCUUCGUUGGGUAAACUCUCCAAAAUUUAUUGGUUGGACUUGGCAGACAAUCAGCUGACAGGUCCUAUCCCAGUUUCAACCUCCACCUCCCCUGGAUUAGACCUUCUUUUAAAGGCUAAACACUUCCAUUUCAAUAAGAACCAGCUUUCAGGUUCCAUUCCCCCCAAGCUUUUCAGCUCUGAGAUGAUACUCAUACACAUAUUGUUUGAUGGGAAUAAUUUAAGUGGGACUAUACCUUCAACAUUGGUACAAGUUAAGACUGUUGAGGUUCUACGGCUUGAUAGGAAUUUCCUGACAGGAGAGGUCCCAUCAAAUCUCAACAACCUUACAAACAUCAAUGAAUUGAAUUUAGCUCAUAACAAUUUCACAGGUCCUCUACCUGACUUAACUGGAAUGGAUACCCUCAACUAUGUAGAUCUUAGUAACAACUCUUUUGAUCCUUCUGAUGCUCCAACUUGGUUCAUAACUCUGCAAUCACUCACCACUCUGGUUAUGGAGUUUGGGUCCCUUCAAGGUCCUCUUCCAUCGAAACUAUUUGACAUUCCUCAAAUACAGCAAGUGAAACUACGAAACAAUCAAUUGAACGAUACACUGAACAUGGGUGAAAACAUUUGUCCUCAAUUGCAGCUUGUAGAUUUGCAACAAAAUGAGAUUUCCUCGGUGACUCUCAGUUCACAAUACAAAAAUACAUUGAUUCUAAUAGGAAAUCCAGUGUGCAGUAGUGCUCUCUCAAAUACAAAUUACUGCCAACUUCAGCAGCAGGCCAAGCAACCUUAUUUCACCAGCUUGGCUAAUUGUGGAGGCAAAUCUUGUCCUCCUGAUCAAAAGCUCAGCCCCCAAAGUUGUGAAUGUGCCUAUCCAUAUGAAGGAAUGCUGUACUUUAGAGCACCCACAUUCAGAGAACUGUCCAAUGUAAAUACUUUCCAUUCACUUGAAAUGAGCCUAUGGGUGAAAUUGGGUCUAACUCCUGGCUCAGUUUCUUUACAAAAUCCCUUCUUUGAUAGUAAUGACUAUCUUCAAGUGCAACUAGCACUUUUUCCACCAACAGGGCAAUACUUUAAUAGGUCAGAAAUUCAAAGAAUUGGGUUUGAAUUAAGUAAUCAAACUUACAAGCCUCCAAAAGAGUUUGGACCCUAUUACUUCCUUGCAUUUUCUUAUCCCUUUUCAGGUUCUCACAAAGGAGCUUCUCUUAGCAAAGGGGUUAUUAUUGGGAUAGCAGUUGGCAGCACAUUUCUGGUUCUGAGUCUUAUAGGGUUAGCUAUUUACGCGAUUCUGCAAAAGAAGCGUGCAGAGAGAGCCAUAGGAUUAAGUAGACCAUUUGCAUCAUGGGCACCAACUGGGAAGGAUAGUGGAGGUGCACCACAGUUAAAGGGAGCAAGAUGGUUCUCUUAUGAUGAUCUCAAGAAGUGCACCAGCAAUUUCUCUGAAAACAAUGAGAUAGGCUCUGGAGGCUAUGGCAAGGUGUACAAAGGUGUUCUUCCUGAUGGGAAAAUCGUUGCAAUCAAACGAGCUCAGCAAGGAUCGAUGCAAGGAGGCCUAGAGUUCAAGACUGAAAUUGAGUUGCUUUCAAGAGUUCACCACAAGAACCUUGUUGGCCUUGUGGGGUUCUGCUUCGAACAAGGGGAACAGAUGUUGGUUUACGAAUUUAUACCCAAUGGAACACUUAGGGAGAGUUUGUCAGGGAGAUCUGAUAUUCAUCUUGACUGGAAAAGGAGACUCCGCAUUGCUCUUGGUUCAGCCAGAGGACUUGCAUACUUACACGAACUUGCCAAUCCUCCCAUAAUCCACAGAGAUGUGAAGUCGAGUAAUAUCUUGCUGGAUGAAAAUUUGACUGCAAAGGUUGCAGAUUUUGGCUUGUCCAAACUUGUAUCAGACAGCGAGAAAGGCCAUGUUUCCACUCAGGUUAAAGGGACAUUGGGUUAUCUUGAUCCUGAGUAUUACAUGACCCAACAACUCACUGAGAAGAGUGAUGUGUACAGUUUUGGAGUAGUGAUGCUUGAACUAAUAACUUCAAGACAACCAAUUGAGAAGGGCAAGUACAUUGUCCGCGAGGUGCGCACGCUGAUGAAUAAGAAAGAUGAAGAACACUAUGGUUUGAGGGAAGUGAUGGAUCCAGUGGUGAGGAACACGCCGAACCUCAUAGGAUUUGGGAGGUUCUUAGAGUUGACAAUGCAAUGUGUUGAGGAAUCAGCUGCAGACCGUCCAACAAUGAGUGAAGUUGUGAAAGCACUUGAAACCAUUUUGCAGAAUGAUGGGAUGAACACAAACUCUACUUCUGCAUCCUCAUCUGCCACUGACUUUGGUGUUUCCAAGGGUGGAAUGAGGCAUCCCUACAUUGAUGCUUCUUUUACCAAGAAAGACAAUGGUAAUGACAGUAGUAAUAGUGCCUUUGACUACAGCGGAGGCUACACACUUUCAACAAAAGUUGAACCCAAAUAGUGGCUGUAGUAUACAUAUUUUUGUCAGACAUCAUUUAUUCUUCCUUUUUUUUAUCCUUCUUCGUUCUCAAAGGAAGACAUCAUUAACUUGUGUUC